AUGGUCACUGUCAAAACUAAACCAAGCCACAGCUUCAAGGCCACGAAGUCCCAGCUAAAUCACAGUGCAUGCAAAACUCUGACGGCACCUGCUCCAUUUGCAGACGAAACAAGCUGUCAGUGCCAAGCCCCACAUGAGAAGCUAACGAUUGCACAAGCCCGCCUGGGAACACCCGUUGACAGACCUGUCAGAGUGUAUGCAGACGGGAUAUUUGACCUCUUCCACUCUGGCCAUGCUAGAGCUCUUAUGCAAGCCAAAACCCUCUUCCCAAAUAGCUACUUAUUAGUAGGAGUUUGCAGUGAUGAUUUAACUCAUAAAUUCAAAGGCUUCACUGUGAUGAAUGAAACUGAGCGAUAUGAAGCCCUCAGACACUGUCGUUAUGUGGAUGAGGUCAUCAGAGAUGCACCCUGGACACUGACACCCGAGUUCCUUGAAAAACAUAAGAUUGACUUUGUAGCCCACGAUGACAUCCCGUACUCCUCCGCUGGCUCGGAUGACGUAUACAAACACAUAAAGGAGGCAGGAAUGUUCGUACCAACGCAGAGAACCGAAGGUAUCUCCACGUCAGAUAUCAUCACGAGGAUCGUCCGGGACUACGACGUGUAUGCCCGGCGUAACCUCCAACGAGGAUACACCGCCAAAGAGCUGAAUGUUAGUUUUAUAAAUGAGAAGAAAUACCGUUUUCAAAACCAAGUGGACAAAAUGAAGGAAAAAGUCAAGAAUGUGGAGGAAAAGUCAAAAGAAUUCGUUUACAAGGUGGAAGAGAAGAGCCAUGACCUCAUUCAGAAAUGGGAAGAAAAGUCCAGGGAAUUUAUUGGCAACUUUUUAGAGCUGUUUGGACCCGAUGGAGCCUGGCCGAGCAUCACCUACGAUCCGACCCCCAGUACUCCAGCCAAGGUCGAGACUUCUUGUUCCCCAUCCCCAGAAGGAGCAGCGAGACGCUCGCAUUUGGCAUGUUCCACAUGAAGCCUGCAGUAGCUGCGCAGUACGUGCCAGACCUCCUGUAACCCAGCCCGGCAGCCUAACGCAAGACCACAUGGGUGCUAACAAGUAGCAGCAUAUGCCUUAGUGUAGCACAUUGCUUGACAGAAAAGGUGGUCUCUUCCACCCCACCAGCUCUGGCAGGCCUCCACUCAGCUUUACAAAGCAAAACCGACAAUAAAAGUCCAA